AUGAGCCUGCUUUCUACUUCACUCCCCAGCAUAGCCACUGAACCGACACCAUUGAUCACCGUCAUCGCGCUCCUAGCAAGCCACUGCAAGCCCGACCUUGAGUGUGUAGAAUGCGGCUUGGAAGAUGAUCAUGAAGGCUGGUGCGAGGCCCUCGCCACGGAAGAUGACGGGUACACCUGCCGCCUUCUCAGAUGCAGCAAACGACAUGCCAUCACGAGGCACCGAAACGACCACGAGGCGUUCAAGCACUGCCUCUGUGGCUCGUGCGGCAGGACUAUGGACAAUGUGAACAACGUGAAGAGCCACCUGAACUCCCAGCAACACAAAGGCGACCGCAAUUAUUCCCUCGUCCGGCGCAACAAAGGUCCAGCAACCGUCAGUGCGGUUGCGAAUCCGACUCCACCGCCAACACCACCGCAUCAAGUUCAUGUGGCUGCUUCACUUCCCGGACAGCCUGUCCAGUGUCCCUUUUGCCCAGUCGGCCACGACCGCAUCAGCGCAGUGCUCAUGCAUCUCGAGCGAGGCAGCUGUCCAGACACCUACCUCAAACGCAGCGACAUAUUCAACGCCGUAUGUCUGUGCGACGAUACGGGCACCAUUACGAACUUGAAGCUCCAUCAGCCCACGCGCGAGAGCUCCUGGAACCCAGAGACGAAGGUUUUCAGCUGUACACUUUGCGAACGUGGUUUCCAGACCGUCGGCGCCCUCACAGAUCACAUGAAUAGCGAGUUUCACGAGUUUGAGUGGUAUCACUGUCCGAAUGCCGAUGACUGUGUCAGCCAAUUCGGCUUGCUGUCUGCGUUGAUGGCACAUCUGGAGGAGGAAGCGUGUGGCUGGAAGUCUUUCGAAGAGCUGCAGGAACACGGCCGUGUGGUCCUGGAUCCUAUGCGGCUGAUGUGGUUGGAGGGAAAGAGCAGGCGCUGGAGUAUGACUGGUGAGCCGGGGUGA